CCGGAACACUUCCUGUUUCCAUCAGGUUUUCAAAAACAACUUUAGCAGCUGGUCAGCAGGUUCCAGCCCUGGACUCAGCAGAUAAAAAAAAAAAAAGGAGAACAAAUAUAAAGGAACAAGUUUAGUUGCACGAUUUCACACUGGCAGAACUAAUUCAUCCGCUGUGUACGCAGGAGCUGCUGAACUGUGUGUGAUUUUCUGUUUUUGUGUAUCUGCAUAUAGAUGGAGAGCCGACAGCUGUCGCGGGCGGAGGCGUUGGCAUGCACAGACUGCAGGCACGCUUGUCACGUGAUGCUCUACUCUGACACAAAAUCUCAGCUGUUCGGCAAAAUCCCCAUCAGGCACAUAGUGCUGAUGCAGAUGCGCUUCGAUGGUCUGCUGGGUUUCCCAGGCGGGCUCGUCGACCCCUCACAGGAGACCCUGGAGGCGGGGCUUACCAGGGAACUGUUGGAGGAGAUGGGCGUGGCUGUGCCCGUAUCGGAGGAAGAUCACGUGGAGUCUCGAUUUGCUCCUCCAAUCUCAGCCGCUCCCUCCCAUCUCAUCACUCACUUCUAUGUGAAGAAGAUGGAGGAGGAGCAGAUUAAGGAGCUGGAGAAAGCGUCGGCGUCCACUGCAGUCGAUCAUGGCCUUGAGGUGAUGGGGAUGGUCCGAGUUCCUCUCUACACCGCAAAGAGAGGAGGAGGCCUUUCCUUUUUCCUCUCACACUCCUUCAUAGGCAACGCUCGCUCCCAGCUGAUUAACUCUCUGUUGCGCCUCCACCUGGUCACCUCGAGGGAGUUACAGAAAGCUCUCAGGAACUCUCUGAAGAUGCACGCACAGUCCGCACAGGACCUGAAGGCAGCCCUUGCGCUGACAGAGGCGUAG